GCCGGAGAGAGAGCAGCCAUACAGCCACAGCAAGCGUCUCCACAUCCACUCAGCUAAAUCCUCCGCCGGAACUCCAAAGUUGUACCUCGUGAAGGCCGAGGCUAGGAAGAGCCUUUUAACAAAGGUCUGUAAGAUGGAGGAGCCCGGCAGUGAAGUGACCCCAAUCAACGACAAGUGCUGUCAGACCGAAACACCGUGGCACUGCAGUUGCCAGCCGGCUCCACAACAAGAAGGCUGCGACCAACCACAAGUGCAUAUUAUUGAGCCAGGAGACCCGCCUCUUCUUCAACAGCAGCUUCAGACUUCUAAGUCAGGAAUUCAACAAAUAAUUGAGUGCUUUCGGUCAGGUACGACCCAGCUCAGGCACAUGUUGUUGAAGGAAGUUGAUACCAUCUUUGAAUGCAGGCUUUGUAGAAGUCUUUUUCGUGGUCUACCCAAUCUGGUCACACACAAAGAGUUCUACUGCUUUUCUGGACAUCAUGAGCAGGAUGAUUCUUCUGAACCAAACAAGCAGAACCAGGCUGUUAAAGAACUUCUAGAGUCAAUCUAUCCACAAAGAGACAAGCAGGAACAUGUGAUUCAGCUGGAGGCAAUAGAGACCAACCCCAACGCUAUGUUCCAACACCUGUCUGUUGAGAAUUAUGAGAAUGAGAAUAUGAUCAUGUCCACCAAUUCCCAGCAGCCAGACUCUGGACCGCAGAAAAAGAAUCGCCGCAAAUCUUCUGUAGCCCCCAAAAAAAUUGAACAGCAAGACAUAGAGGAAACAGAUGACGAGAUGGAUACAGCGUCUGAUAAAUCGCCAGAUAGAGAAGAUGCUAAAUUGGAAUUAUUGAGCAACACAGAAGAAGAUAAGAAGGUAGAACCUGAAGAGGAAGCAGCCCCUGAAGUGAAAGAAACAAGGAUAUCUUGCUGCCUCUGUCGUAAGGACUUCAGCUCAAGAAGCAGCAUACGCCGUCACUGCCGCAAAAUGCACCGACAGAAGCUGGAGGAGUUGUGCAAGUUCACUGAAACACGCACAGUGCCCAUCAGUUUGCUGUCUAUGGUAAAGACCAAGCGUACAGAAGAUCCUCCGCCAGCCAGUGGAAAGAGCUGUCCUGUCUGCCAAAAGUCCUUUGCUACCAAGGCUAAUGUCCGUCGGCACUUUGAUGAGGUGCACCGAGGAUUAAAGCGAGACUGCAUUACACCUGACAUUGCCACCCGACCUGGCCAACCACUUCUACUCGAGGGUUCAUCAGUUCCUCCAAAACCACCCAGCUCCUUUACAAAGCAAGAGCAACAAGAGACCAAUAUUACAACUUCUCGGUGCAGGCUGUGUAGAAGGAAAUACAGCUCACAAGUCAUGUUAAGGAGGCACAUGCGAAUUGUCCACAAGGUGCACACAAUGGAAAACGGCUCCUCUACCAGCCGCCCUGUCUUCACCAAAAAAAACAAAAUGAAGACUGAACCUGAUGAGGAGGAUUCCUGUGGUCUUCCAUCUAGUGCAUCCUCUACAGCUGAUGCAGAUAAGAGCACAACAUGCUCAGCAUCAAAUCCUAAAGUCAAAGAUGACAGUGGAAACCUUCCUGUAAGUUUUGACUUCAAGCAGAUGUAUUGUUGGCUAUGCAAGCGACAGUUUAGCUCUAGUCAGAACCUGACCAAGCACAUCACCGAGCUCCACAUGGAUGGUAAUGACAGUAUCUACAUCAAGUUUUAUGGGUGUCCUAUCUGCAGAUAUGAGUCACGGCGCAAGAGGGAUGUCAUUCGUCACAUUACCGUGGUUCAUAAGAAGUCCUCUCGCUACCUGGCCAAGAUCAUGCCGAUCCUGGAGAGUCGUGCGGUAAAGAAACCCGCUGAGGUUGUACUAAAUAGUAGUGGGAAGACUGUAUCUUUAAAAGAGGAGACCCCUGGAAAGCAAUAUGGUCCUUCAUCUAGCAUGCUAACAACAUUAGACCAAGCAACUCCAACAAAAAUGACUCAGCAAAACUCCUCUUGGUCACCUGGUGUAAAAAAAGAGUCUUCGGUUUAUCCCAAUACCCGCAAAAAUUCUGCCCUCACAUCUCUUAACACUACUAAUCACGAUCAGGAACAUUCACAGCCCACCAAAGUUUGUAAACAAGAGAAGAAACCCGAAGAGCCAAAGAAUCCACAUGUCACCCGGAGCCACAAACCCUCAAAAGGACCUCCCAUCACCAGAAGCCAGGAGUCUAGCACAGAGGUGAGAGUUACUAAGAACUUUUCUCUUCAUGGAUGUGAUAUGUGCAGUCGGGCAUUUGCCAAGAAGGUUUUCCUUGAGACACACAGAAGAAGCCAUAAGACCGGAAUUAAUACCCAAACCGGAGGCACUAAAGUACAAGGAAGGAGUACUCGGUCAAAGGCGCUGAUAUGAUAUUCACAUCCAUAUAAAUGACACAUGCUCACUGGAAUGUAUAGAUCUUCAGCGAAUAAAAAGCAGCAGGACAGCCAUGGAAAGCUUUACUACAAACAGAAUGGAGGAGGGAUCAAUGCAAGUCACAAGGAAGAGAACUUUCACAGUGUGUUCUGUUUUUGUACAGAAGAGGGUGCUGCGACCAAACAUUUCUUAUCCUGUAUCACAGAAAUUAUGGAUUGUUCUUAACCAGUUACAGUUAAUGAGUUCCAUGAAUUUGAAGGAUAUCUCACUUUUUGGUAGUCUAUUGACAAUACAAUGUUCUUUUAAUGAAGUGUUUUUGUGCAGUUUUACUUAGCUACAUGUGAUUACUUCUCCUUAUUGUUGGUCACAUCUCAACUUUUGCUUUAGACCAGUAGGAUAUCAAAUAGAGAUAAUUUUUACUGAUGAAACAUUGGUAUGUUCCUUUGACUUGUGCAGAUGCAGUGAAAUUCUAUUGAUGGUUUAAAAUCAAAAUGGCCAAUAUAAAUCCGAGUUCUUUGCUUGUACAGUUGGAGAGCUGCUGUUUUUUACUCUAGUCGUUGCAGGCCUACUUAAAAUGAGUUAAUUCUUUAAAGUAGCUUAACAGUACAUUUUAUUUCAUGCCUUUGGACUAGUCAAGCUUCAUAUUUUUAUAGAAAUGUAGCCUGUAUAACACUUUAAUUAGAUUUGCCUAAUGAACUAAUCGGUUUAGACUAAAUAAUGUUCAUUCAGGUCAGUUUCUAUUUUUUUUUUCUCGUUCUCUAAACGGAUCAGUGAAUGAAUACAUAAACGAAUUAUCUACUUGUCUCUAUGUACAUUUUCAGUUUUUCAGUGCUUUUAGUUUACACUGCUCAGAUGUAAAAAGCUUGCUUGACUGUAAAUGCUCUGCAGACACUUUGAGUAGAUAUUUGAAUUAAUAUUUUUCCUUAAUCUCAUUUGAAUAUGUUAAUAUUGCAUAUAUAAGUAGGACUGCUUAUAUGAAAAAAAUUAAAGCUGCACUGUGCAGUUCUAUUUAGCAAAGGCUAUAUAACAGCUGAAAACAAAUAGGUAAAGAAUCCCCUUUUUCUGUGCUCUCACUUAAAUUCAUGCAUGCACGUUCCCAACCUCUAGCCUUACACAUGCACAAAUUAAUGUUGCUCUACUUCCAUUUUCAGAAAUUUAAUAAAAAUGAAAAAGUUUAAUAUUAUAUUUGAAAAAAAGAAGAAGCAACCAAUUGAUUUCAUAUACAUUUUAACUGUCUGCUUAUAUGUGGUCAGACUAAAGAGACACACACCUCAAGGAUUCAUCAAUUUCAUUGACCGCCUUGAGCAUUGAUUACGAUACACAGUGUGAUGACAAAUUCAUGUGUGAAAAUGAUUUCUUACACUCCCAGAAUCCUUGAAAAUGCCUGUUCCAUAUAGCCUGGAGAAAUCAAAUAAAAAUAAAUAUGAAAAUAUAUUACAAAGCCUCGUUUGUUCAUCGAAUCUGUUUACUUUGCAUUGCACUUUCUGAAUCUAAGUGAACUUUGCCCCUACAAAUUCACAGACGUCGGAACUGUUAGAAAAUAAUUAAGGUGAUAUGUUUGCCAUGACCCUAUGUUUAGUCUGCAACAAAUGAUUGACAGUCACUAAGGAUCACCCCUAUCUAAAAUAGAUACAUUUGGAACAAAUGCGUUUUUUUCGUUCUUGAUUACAAGGACAGUCGCAUAAUUUUUCUCGAAGAAUCUACAUUUAUUUAUAGCUGCCAGAAUGUAAAAAAGAUAAUUAACCUAUGUUUAAUAACACAGUGCAGCUUUAAUCCAUAUCUGCCAUUCCACAAUGAAUGAAAAUGCUGCUAAUCCUUUUGCAUUGUAACUACUGUUUGUGCUCAUGUUUCUGCUUCCCUUUAAUGAGUCAGUGCUGCUCAGGUUGUGCUAAGACAAGUUUUUUUUUCUUCCUUUAUAAAGGUGUAUGACUGUUUGAUUACAUCUAACAAGAAGUUGCAACUGUGAUCAAAAGGUUACUUAGAUACUACUGCAUCUGUUUUGUAUAAUGUUGCUCUUAUUAGCUAUGAGUAAAAAAAAAAGAAAAUAUAUAUAUAUCUCUCUCUAGACCUAAAAAUUACCUCUGUCUACAUUAGUAUGUAACGAUUAAUACCAGUUCUUUGAGUGAGUUGAGUGGGUAAAAUGAAGUGCAGAUCUCUUGCCGUGCAUAACAAAUGCUUCUGCUUGAUACUAUGUACAUUUAUAAAAGAAAACAUAACAUUUUAAAAGGUAAUUGGCAAGACUUGUACUGUAUAGAUAAAUAAACUAAACUUGCAUUCCUAUCCCUGCUUCAGUAGUAAUAUCUUUGUUCAAAUAAAGA